CCUCUCAACCGGUCCUUCCUUUGCAGUACGGUCCGCCUUGUCUGACCUUGCACCUCCUUCUCGCACUCACAAGAUCCCUUCUGUGAGACCGAGUGCCGGUCACGUAGGGGAAGCCAUGUCCUACUCUACAGCUCCUUCGACUUCCUCGCCCCCAUCCUCCUUUCGAGCUCGUCUAGCAGGGAUCCCAGCCACUACCCGCGCCCGUCCCUUGACUUUCCCGCUUGGCGCCCUCGUCGGAUUCCUCCUAGGGUUCAGCGCUGCCUCUCUCUGGGGCUACAGCACUCUCCUAUCCUCUCAUCGGGCACUAGCGGAACGUACUUCUGCCUCUCUCUCGCAAUUGGAGGAGACGCGCAAGAGUGUAGAGGAGGAGUUGGUGCAGAGGGUGGGCAGGAUGGGCGUUUCGAGCGAUCAGCUCGAGGCGCUUAAUCGGCGGGUGGGCGGGAGGAUUGAGGGAUUGAAAGAGGAGUUGGGAAGGGAGGUGGUGCAUAGAGAGAGGAUUGAGAGGAGAGUGGUGGGUUUAGAAGAGGAGAAUUUGGAGCUGAGGAGGAGAUUGUGGAGAAUGGGUGAGUAGAGGUGUGGUGGUAUGGUUUUGCAAUGGAGUAGGACCAUGGCAGAUGAUGGAGCUAGCUAGCCAGACGCUAGGGCCGCCCCGUAGACCGCCCUUGCACGCUCGCUACAGAACCAGCAUCUCGUCUAGUUUGAAUCUCAUGCUUGUGCCUCGCCUUUCCCGCCCUCUCUACCAUCCUAGGCAAGUACGCAAAGCUAGAAGCAAGAGCCGCUCAAGAACAGCAACAGCAACAGCAGGCAAAGGACCUAGCGCUGCAGAUGCGGAAUCAACGGCCGUACGGGGCUUUGCUCUGGACAGGCAGGUCACAAGAAGGUC